AUGUCGUGCCUAGAUGGAGAAGCAGAACAGCUGGUUGAAGGCUUCCCAAUUGACAACCAAUUUUAUAAUGAAGUUUGGAAAUUUCUUGAGGACCGAUACGGCAAUCCACAAAUAAUUUUCGCAACACUCCAUCAUGAAUUAGUGCAGUUAUCUCCUAAGAAUAAGCGCAUUCGAUUGGUUAGAGGAAACAUUGAAAGAAUCUUGAGAUAUAUGGCGAAUCUUGGUGAAGAUUUUAAUACUUCCAUCUUAAUUCUUACUGAAGAUUGA